UGAAGGACAAACAAGCAGGAAGGAGGAGAGAAUUGAACCGACAACGGCUUCUGCUUAAAAAUAGUGGUGAAAAUAAUUCAUUUUGGACACUGUCCACCUGAAGAACAGUAAGUCUUGCAUGAUUUGGUUCCAUCUUCAGAGACAGAAAGGCUUCUAGGAAUCAUAGUACACAGCUGAACUGAUGUCUCUUUCUCCUGCUGCCUUAGCCGCACGCCGGGUGUUUGCGGCUGCUUCACAGUCGAGCCAUGAGGGGGGAGCAAAGACAUGGAAGAUGCUCACCAUUGUGUUGGCCUUUCCUGGCGUUGGUGUCUGCAUGGCAAACGCCUACAUGAAGGGCCAGGCCCACUCACAUGAGCAGCCAGAAUUUGUGCCAUACCCUCACCUGCGUAUUCGUACUAAGAAAUUUCCCUGGGGAGAUGGAAACCACAGUCUGUUCCACAACCCUCACACCAAUGCUCUGCCUGAUGGCUAUGAGGGCCACGAUCACUGAGACGGUCACAUCUUUCAGCUGUGUUUCCAGUCUGCAGUAUACUUGGCUUGAUUAGCUGACCGAGGGGCCAAGACGCAGUGCCAAAUAUAACAAACAGUUCACCGAGACAGAAAUAAAUGUAUUAUAUGUCCAGUUA